AUGAGACAGUUCGCCAUCAAGCUCCGAUCUUACAUCGCUGGCCGCAGCACAAUGGAGGCCGGCGUUCUGACUCCAACAAAUCAUGAAGGGAGAGAACGUCGGCAAAGCGUUGGCAGCUGUAUCUAUAAGGUCUCCCAAGGCUCCGGUGUUCCCAAUGAGAUGCUCCAGACAACGUUGUCAAGGUUCAACGCAAGGAAACUUCCGACAGCACCCUUGCCACUGAUGGACGAAGUUGUUGCUAGGUUCAUGAACAUUUCUCCGGAACAAUGGGAACAGGUGAAUUCGGCCAUUAAGUAUCUGAAUGACCAUUUUAAGGACGACUCCUUGAGUUGGCUUACGGUUCGGUGGCUAGUAGCAUCUCAUCCUGAGCAAUUUCUACCCGCACCGUACAAUUCCUAUGAGGAACUCUUGGCACAUGUGAAUGAGACCAAGCGUGCCAUUGACCGCGCAAAGAAAGAGGCAAGUCAUUGGCGCGAAUCCUGUCAGCGGUUGCACUCGGAAACGAAGGCUUGGAAAAACAAGCUUAGGAUUGUGGAGGCGGAUAUGGCACGCCUAAACGUAACGUCCAAGCGCGACGGUGUUCAAAACACGGCAAUGACUUCCGAUGUGGCAGACCGUCGUCAUGGCAUCGUAGAGUCUGCUGCGAUGGCGUUUCCGAAGGAUUGUGAGACGGUACAUUCCCACAUUCAUUUCCCACGAUGUGCCAAAUCCCAGGCGUCAAAAGGCACCGCACUUCAUAAGCAAGAGUCCGCAUUUGUGCAGUUUUCCACUGAAGCCGGGCGUGAGCAGGGUCUCUGUCAGAGGCACCUAGCAACUAAGCAAAAGAAGACGCUAUCUCCCAGACCAACAUUGCAACCUUCAAUUCAUGAUGAACAGGAACAGUCGAGGAAGGCGUUGAACCACCCCACACACAGCUGUGCCGACCAUUAUAUUGACAGCAAUACCUCUCUAGCUGUAGUCAACAUGCGGCCGAACGGGGGCACUGGCAAGACGUGCACAACCACGACGACCACGAAAACAACAACCACCACUAGUUAUGCAACUGUGAGCGCAAAUGGCGGGGAAGACAGACAGAAGGUUUCUGUAGACGGUGUGGUUAUGGCCAUGCAGGGAGGGACGGGCGUACAUGACGCUGCGGAUCCCGCGGUUAUGGUGGGAAACCCGCCCGCCGUACAGGUAUUAAACCGAAUGCAAAACAUUCUCCGAUGUGUGAGCGUAGCGAGACCACAAGAUGACAGAAAGGCACCACCUCCACUGCCAGCGUGCGGCAGAGAGGAGACAAAAUGCCAGUCUAAUGCCGCUUCUCCACCUAAUGUGGAAGUACUGUAUGUGCAGUAUCAGCACCAAAAAGGGAGAAACGGCAGUACUAGGGACGAAUCGGGAAUCUCAGCGAGUUCGCCAAAAUCUCCGCAAAAACCCGUAAUCUCCCAACAGGGCACGUCAGUUCGGAAGGUGUCAACGAAAUCCAGGCGCACAGCGGAGUUUUCGCUGACACCCUUGGAUCGUCUGGUCGCGCUAAAGCAAACGACGAGUAUAACUGAAUACGUGAAGCGUUUCAUGAGCCAAUAUGGUAAAGGGACAGACAUUCCGGAGGCAGUUGCUGUUCGUAUAUUCUUGGAUAACCUCUUGCCCGAUUUCAGAGCUUACACACUUGACAAGCAACCAGAGACACUUGCUGAUGCUAUUCGUCUCGCUUACCAAGUUGAACAGCUGAUUGUAGAAGAAAGGUACCGUGGGUCGUGCUCAGGAGAGGCGGCCGGAAUUGCCGAUCAUCCGCAGGAGCCUUCCGAAGAUCACAGCUCUUGUGGACAGCUACGAAUGGGCCAUACGGUGGCUACCGCAUCCGCGACUCACUGUGUCGUGGAGACCGGUGCAUGCAUUCGGCGUUCUUCGAUCGUCAACGAUCCGGAUAUAAACUCUCGUUCGAGGUUUCAAACAGUACGACAGAACUGCCAAACGUCCAGUACACUCCACCAUGACGUCUCCCCCCAUGAAUCAGCUUCAUUCAGAGAAAACUAUGAAGACGUUCGUUCCAGUGCAUCCCCCCUGUGUCUUAACAACUAUGACGCGGACGUUGGUUCGAAAAAUGAGGGAACGCUGCCGAAGUCAGCAACAGAAGAAAGCAGAACAACGCAAGUGAUGAGGCGUAGCAAUCUCGGCAAUGGCGAAGGAGGGAACGCAGCUGAAGUAACGUUCAGGGCACUAUCAUCCAAUUGUCUGGCUAAAGCCAAGAGAAAUUUGACUUCGAAAAGAACUGAAUCAUCAACGUCCAUAGGUUGUACUCAGCAGCACCAGCAACGUUUCGUCCCGGAAGUAUAUCGAGAAAGAAUCCCUGUGAGUGUGGAACAGCAAACAAGUUCAGACAAGGAACAGGAUCUGUUCUCAACAAACAAAGCAUCUCAUGCCGCGGCGGUCUCGACCGGGUCGGCGGCUCCGUUUGUCUCCUUCAACUCGAGCGCCUUUGAAACAGAAAUUCAGCCAGGAGGUUCUUUCGUUUCGAGUCUAGGCAGCUCAACUGAUAGCAGUCAAACCGUGGGCGAUCUUCGCACCGCCGAAUCUUUCGAAUCGUUAUGGCGUGAAAAUGGAUCAGCAAUUGGCUAUGAAGACGUACAGAGGAGCUGCAGAUCUGAUGGUGGAGAGUUUCCGGAUUCAAGGCACCACGGCGGGAGGCAAGCGACGGAAACAGGAAUUCUGUCAUCACACGGGCAGGCGGAGUCCUUCUCAACUGCACAUCCCACCGAGAACAACUCCCCCAGGGAGUAA